CAUGAAGUAUAGAUGGUGUUUAUGGCACAUUAUGAAGAAGUUGCCAAAAUAAAAUUGGCUAUCACAUGGAUAAGGGAUCUAUAUUCUCUGUUAUACAUGUAUUGGUAUAUGAUUCACAGUAUAUCGAAGAAUUUGAAGACGAUUGGAAAACAAUGAUAAAUAAGUAUGAGUUGUAAGACAAUGAUUGGUUAUCGAGGCUCUACGAGAAUAGAGGUCGAUGGGUUCCUUGCUUUUUAAAAACAAUAUUUUGUGCCAGAAUGUCAACAACAAAAUGGUCGGAGAGUAUGAAUGCCUUUUUUAAUGGAUAGUGCAUUCAAAGACAUCGUUGAAGCAAUUCAUCAAACAGUAUGAACGUGCACUACGAAACAAGGUUGAGAAGGAGUUUCAGGUUGAUUUCAAGUUAUUUUCUCAAAUAGUCCCAUGCGCAACAACCUAUGAAAUGGAAAAAUAAUUUCAGGCAGUGUACACCAUUUCAAAAUUCAGGAAAGUGCAAUGUGAGUUCACGGGGAAGUAUAUUGUGACAUAAUGUCUGCUGUGGAUGGUUGCUUGGGGACAAUGUACGAGGUACGCGAGGAUGUCUUAUGCAGCAAUCAACGAAAGAAAAAAAAAAAACACACAAAGUCUUAUUUCAUAUGCAAAAUUGUGAAAUUGUAUGCACUUGCCACUUGUUUGAGUUCUGAGGAAUACUUUGCCGACAUGCGAUUGCAAUACUUAUCCGUAAUAACAAAACUGUACUAUCGGAUAGGUAUAUACUUAGGUGAUGGAGAAGGGAUGUUAGCAAAGCACACACCAGGGUUGCUGUACUCUAUGAUGGGUUGGUAAGCACUCCUACACAAUUGCGUUAUGAUAAAAUGUGCAAGGCUUUUGCUUCCAUUGCAGACCUAGCGGCAGAGGAUGAAGGUCAGACACAUGCUAUAAUGGAAUGGAUAUAAUUUCGACAGGAGGAGCUUCUGAGCUCAAGGUCGAUUGGCAUAAAUAAUGUCCAAAUGCAGCGUAAUAUACAAAUAUCCUCGAAUUAUACCAGCUCGCAAAAUAAUGCCAGUUGCUCUUUACUUGAUCCUAAAGUGGUGAGCAAGAAGGGUGUGCCUAGAAAACUUUGGAGCAAAGGCCCGUUGGAGUCAACUUCAAAGAAACCAAAGGCUAAAUUGGCUUCAAACAAAGGAAAGAGGCCAACUUCAAGGCGUUCUUGUCUACCAGAUGGUGCAUCAUCCAUUCAGGCAUAUCAAGAACAACAUACUUCCGUGCCUACACCAUUUUCCUAUGCACAAUUCUUGUUGGUGAGUAUAUUAAAUUUAUAAUGUUCGUAUGUAUGAAGUUUCAUUUGCUUUCUCUUUUAAUG